AUGAAUAUCUAUAAUGAGAUUUUCGAUGCCACACAGGUCUCGCAUGCCCUCUUGGGCCAUUUUACUUCAGAAAAAACUGAGCAAUUGAUCGUUGCCAAGACGAAUAUUCUUUCUGUUUAUACAACCGAGGAUGGGAAGCUGGUCUUACUGCAUGAGUUCAAACUUCACGGUCAAAUCACAGGAAUGGCAUUGGUGCCCCAAAUGGAGGGCCCGCUCGAUUGCUUAGUCGUUAGCACGGGUAAAGCAAAGCUCUCAUUGGUUCGAUUUGACCCGAGCAUGCCAAUGUGCCUCGAAACCCUAAGCUUACACUACUAUGAAGCCGAAUUCACUCGAAAGAACUUGAUAGAGCUUGCAAAAACCUCUAAAUUGAGACUAGAUCCCGAGAGACGCUGUGUUCUUUUAUUUAACAGCGAUGUACUCGCGCUGUUACCGCUGAAUAUUAACGAGGAGGAUGAAGACGAUAACCAGGAACCAACUCAUCAGGCCAAAAAGCGAAAAGUUGAAAAUGGAGACGCAAGAAGGCUUGCGAAACAGAGUUCAGUGCUCCAUGUUUCAGACCUUAGUGCGGAGCUGAAAAACGUGGUCGACAUUCAAUUUCUAAAUUCAUUCAGCCAACCAACACUCGCCGUUCUAUAUCAGCCUCGCCUCGCUUGGAGUGGAAACGAUAAAGUUGCCGGUAAAGGCUCGAUGCGGCUCAUGGCUAUAACGCCACAUGAAAAGAAGAAUACUACAAUAUAUCAGGUGAAAGAAUUACCUCAUGAUGUCCAUACCAUCAUUCCCCUUGCAAACUCCUGCGUGCUAGUUGGGGUGAACGAAAUUGUGAGCGUCGACAAUACCGGUGCCAUUCAAUCCACGAUCCAACUGAAUUCCUUUUCACCUAAAUUCACUGGGUCCAAACAAAUAGAUAACUCAUCUCUAGAGGUCAUGUUUACUGAACCGAUUGUGUGGGCAUCAGCAAUGGUGAGUAAAGAUAGAGAAAUUUUAAUACUGAUGGAUCAUAAGGCUGACAUGUAUUCCAUUACCCUGCAGUCGGAGGGCAGACUGCUUAUCGAUUUCACUUUAGUCAGGCUGCCCAUCGUAAAUGAUAUCUUUAAGGACCAAAAUCUUCCAACCUGCAUAGUUGCACUCUCGGGUGGGAUCAGGUUGAAAACAUGUCAAUUUUUUAUUGGCUUUUCCUCUGGGGAUGCUGUUGUUGUUAAGUCGAAUAACCUUCGUUCUGCAUUUGAGUCUCAGUAUAGAGAAGCAAUCGAACUCCCGAAUGACGAGGACGAAGAUUAUGACGCUUUGUAUGGUGACGAUGAAGAUCUUGCAAGGCCCGUCAACGACAAUAAAGCCACGGUUGAAACAGCUGUUCCAUUCGAGAUAGAGCUCAUGGACUCUCUCAUCAACGUUGGGCCGAUCACAAGCAUAUGCACAGGACGGGUCUCAUCUAUUAAUGCGACUAUCGAAGGUUUGCCAAAUCCCAACCGAAACGAGCUCGCGAUCGUCAGCACCUCGGGGCAUGAUAGCGGCACCUAUCUCAAUGUCAUGGAGCCAAGUGUUCGGCCGCUUGUUCAGCAAGCCCUUAAGUUCACCUCAGUAACCAAGAUUUGGAAUCUUAAGAUCCGAAAGAAGGACAAGUAUCUAGUUACUACAGAUUCCGGUGCUGAGAAAAGUGAUGUCUAUGAAAUCGGAGCGAAAAUUGCGUCCAUCAAGCCAAAACACUUCAAGCGGAAUGUCACGACCGUGGAAAUUGCAAUUUUGGGCGGAGGCAAAAGAAUUGUUCAGGUCACCACAAAGGCCGUCUAUCUUUUUAAUUUGGGCUUCAAAAAGCUAAUGACUAUUAGCUUUGAUUUUGAAGUGGUCCAUGUUUCAAUUCUUGACCCUUUUAUUCUUUUAACCAAUUCAAAAGGUGAGAUCAAAAUUUAUGAGCUUGAUUCUAAGCACAGAAAGAAGCUUACUAAAGUACCCCUUCCUGAAGUGCUUGAGGAAAUGAUCAUCACUUCGGGUGCAAUUUUAAAGAGUAGCAUAUGCAACCAGUUCAUGAUCGGUCUUGAAAACGCUGACAAAGACCAGUUGUUGUUUACAUUUGUUGGGGCUGAUAAUCAAAUUAUUAUGUUCCCUAAAGAACAUCACGAUCGAGUAUUUCAGCUGAACGGUGUUGAUAUGUUGAGCGAAAUGCUCUACGUUAGCACCUAUCAAUUACCAGAAGAAAUCGUACCCGAUCCCUCUAUCAAACAGGUUAUGAUAAAUAAACUUGGAAAGGAUAAGAAAGAAGAGUUUUUGACGAUUCUAACGUUUGGUGGUGAAAUUUACAUGUACAGGAAGACAGGCAACAAGUUCUUUAAAUCAAUGCAAUCUAACGAUCUUCAAAUAACAGGCGCACCUGGUAACGCUUAUGCCAAGGGAGUUAGUGCAAUCGAGAGAAUUGCUCACUAUGUCAAAUACUAUAACGGCUAUUCUAUCAUUCUCAUCACUGGAAGCACACCUUAUAUGAUUGUGAAAGAAGACUAUUCCACCCCAAAGAUAUUCAAGUUUGCGAACAUUCCAUUGGUUUCUCUAGCACCAUGGGGAACGGACUCAGUUUUGUGCGUAGAUGACAUAAAGAACGCGAGAAUAGUUACCUUAGACACCACCUUCUCAUAUGGCAAUCGCUUACCGGUAAAGAGGGUCCCAAUCGAAGACCCACUCAAUUACUAUGGGUGCUUGAACAAUGUGGCUUAUCACGAAAGAUCCGGCAUGUACAUUGUUUCUUACACCAAGGAAAUUGAAUACGAGGCAAUAAGCGAAGAAGGCGAGAAAACGGUUGGAAGUGACGAUUCUGUUCCGCAUGCUAGAGGCUUCCAGUCGGGCGUUCUGCUGUUGAAUCCAAAGUCUUGGAACAUCAUUGAUAAGGCAGAUUACGAGAAGAAUUCCUUAAUCAACGACAUGAAGACUAUGCUGAUACAAACGAACUCAAGGACAAGGAGAAAAAGAGAGUACUUAGUGGUUGGAAAUACCUUUGUGAGGGAUGAAGAUAUCGGCACUAUGGGGUCCUUUUGCCUUUACGACAUUACUGAAGUGGUGCCUGAGCCUGGGAAGCCGGACACAAAUUACAAACUGAAGCAGAUUUUCUAUGAAGAGUUCAGGGGCGCGGUUUCUAGUGUGUGCGAAAUUAGCGGAAGAUUUUUGAUCAGCCAAAGCCAGAAGGUCCUUGUGCGCGAUGUUCAAGAGGAUAAUUCAGUGGUUCCAGUCGCCUUUUUGGACGUCCCUGUAUUUGUUACAGACUCGAAAAGCUGUGGGAAUUUGCUGAUAAUUGGAGAUGCGAUGCAAGGAUUCCAAUUUGUUGGCUUCGACGCAGAGCCAUACCGCAUGAUUCCACUUGGUAAAAGUGUUUCGAAAUUUGAGGUCAUGAGCCUUGAGUUCCUUGUGAAUAAUGGAAGCAUCUACUUUUUGGUCUCAGACCGUUCCAAUAUUUUGCAUAUCCUUAAAUAUGCCCCAGACGAGCCGAACUCGCUUUCUGGGCAGAAACUGGUGCAUUGCACCAGCUUUAAUUUGCAUUCUACCAACACCUGCAUGAAACUUCUUCUAAAAAACGAUGAGUUUCCAACACUCGGCGAGCCUCCGGCUUUUCAGGCCAUCGGAGCGCAAACAGACGGCUCUCUAUUUAACGUAGUGCCCCUGAGUGAAAGCUCUUACCGUAGGCUCUACAUGGUCCAGCAACAACUUAUAGAAAAGGACGUCCAUCUUUGCGGUCUCAACCCCAAAAUGGAGCGCCUUCAAAAUGAUUUUUACCAGCUGGGCCAUUUGAUGAGGCCAAUGUUGGACUUUACAGUGAUCAAGAGCUUUGCGACGCUUCCAUUGAAUAAGAGAAAACAAAUUGCAGCCAAAGCCGGUCGUCAGGCGGAUUUUGAAAUUUGGAGGGAUCUCAUCAAUGUUGAGUAUUCAACACGCUCUUUAUGUUGA